AUGAGCGUGGAAGGGGCGUCGACGGUGGGCGCAGCGGCCGCCAUCGCCGGCAGCACGGCGUUUGCGGGUGCACGGGCCAGUGACGCCCCGGAAACGGAGCCCGGGGUGACCCGUGUGGGGUACUUCAGCGCGGGAGGGCUGGUGUUCAAGGACAACGUCGAGGUACUGGCGGUGCCGGACCCGAAGGUGAAGGGGGUGACGGUCUACCUGUCGUCGAUGCAGCGGCCGCUGACCGACCGCAUCAAGCGCCUGGAUUGGUUUUCAGACCCCACGCAGACGUCGCUGGCGGUGGCGCUGACGGGGCCGAUCUCGCUGGACGAGAACAUCAGCUACGGGGAGGGCGGCGAGGAGGUCUUCUCGGCGAAGAAGAGCCUCCUGUUCAAGAGUCUGCGCGUGCGGCGCAUUUACGACAAGACCAACAAAGCCCUGGUGUACGUGGCGUACUCCACGCGCCUCUCGCAGGACACGAACGAGCAGAACUCGCGCUUCCGAACCUCCGUCGCGGUGCUCCCGCUGCACCGGACCGUAGAUGGACACCUGGGCAGUACGCACAGGCAGUGA